ACACUAUACUUGACGAUAUUACCAGAUCCUCUGCCCAGGGAGAGGAGCAGCGAUGCAAGCGUAUCUCUUACUGAAAAAAUAGUUCUUCAAAGCUGUCAUGUGUCAGGUUGUUAUUCCGACUGGUGCAGUACCGAGCAUUGUUGUCUUUCGGAGCAGGACAAGCCUCGCAUUGGACAUUUCCUAUGUGAAUACCGCAAUACCAGCAGUGUGCAAUGCAACCAUAGCAUACCACAGAAUGGAUCCAACCCUGAUCUCACAACCUACAUCCUUUCCGUCACGUCAGCUAGCAGCAGCAAGCCACUCAAUGAUACAGUGCCUUUGUGGGUCUCUUAUCAUGACAUCACCUUGACCAUGUCCAGGCAAAGCGUCUAUGACAAGGGAACAGUGAUGGACCCGCAACUCCCUAUACCGGCCUGGGUGCGUAGUGUUGUCAUUUCAGGUCUGCCGCAAGAUCAGGAGUUCAUAAUUCGUCUUGAGGCCUUUGUUCAGUUGCAAGGGUGUAGCAGAAAUGCAGUCAAUCUCCAUCGUGUCUUUAAUGAGACGAUUCAAAAAAGCCCAGUAUUCUGUCCCAGCGCACACAGAGGCGAGAAAGCAGUUUGGUCUGACUGGACUCCAUGCGCACCAUGCCAGACACACCCGCAAACACGGCAAUUGCUUACCUACACUUGUCUAGGAUAUCCGGACUGGCCUUCAAAUUUGACUCAGCAAUGUUCAUGUGUUAACAGUACACAACACCCUACUAACCUGACCCUGUGCCCAGGCUUCACGGAUCAAACAGAGAUGCCGGGCUGUGUCAAACAGGUGGACAACACGGGAUGGCAGACUCCCGUAUUCGUUUACCUCCCUGUAGCUGCUCUGGCUCUGGCUAUAGUAACUGUUGUCUGCUGCUGCCUGUUUAGAGCACGCAAGCAACCCCUCGCUAUUGCCUCCUGCAAAGAUCAGAUCGUAACUUCUAUGGGCAGAACUGUGUAUCUGACGUACAUCUACCACCCCUCCAUGAAGAACGUGAAGGCCUUCAAGUCAGAGGCGAACAAAGCCAUCGUCAAGCGAAUGAGCCAUGAGUGUGUGUGGCAAUGGAAUGUCUCGGAAAUCCCCAUCGUCUUUGCAUCGGAAGACCUGGUUAAGCCCUAUAUACAGCUGCUACCGCAGAGUGACAAAAUAGACCGUCAGCACCUGUAUGAAUACUUACUUGCUUGUCGGCAAGCGCCAGACGCACCCAGCGAUGUGCUGGUCAUACUGGAUCAUGAUCAAGAUGAAAUGGGACCCAAGUGCCAGGAGCUCUUCUUGGACGAUGACAAACACCCGGACAUCUUCUGGCUGGACUACGAAAACAAACGUGCACCUGGUGCAGAUGUGAUCAACCAUUUUACAACAAAACUACUUGAGCUCCAGCCCUCAGAUAAACCUACCUACCAAAUGCGCAUCCAAUCUGACUAUCUAUUGACGGAAGUGAUGAUCAAGCCCACAGCGGUCAUUGGCAACUUUCUUGUAACAUUUCAUGGAGAUAAAUGGUCAGUUGACGGGCAGGAGUACCAUGGCAGACUCAUGGAGUUUGCGGAUGCCACCUUGGCAAAACGCCUGGAGGGAUUGUCAGAAGAAGUGCAGGGAAGGGCCUCGAUGCGCCUGAGACCGCUGGACAUAUUCUUAGUGCCAGUCAGUCCUGGCUGCAGAGAAGCAUGGAGCCAACCUCCUGCACUGAUGCGCUGCUAUAGAAAGAAUCCCGAACGUCUUUGUAUCACAGUAAUCAUUCACCCGAAAGAUUCCUGCCAAGAAGUACUCACAUGUCAAGAUAUCCGUGAUCUAGGGCUGAGUCUGACGAUUGGGUACGAAGGUGAUACGUGGCCUCCUCAGCAUAGUGAACAUGCAGAUGAUCUGGCAGAGUCGAUAUACGAUGCUAUUGCUGGGUUCAUAUCAAGUAACCAAGCACAGUAUUGUAUUUCCAGCGCAGACAUCAGCAUUCAAGAUGCUCAAAGUACUCGCUUGCCCCAUGAGCAAUUGCCACUAUCACGCCCUGGCGAUGGAUGCCAUCUACCACCUGGUGCUUCUGUACCUGUCCCUGUUCCUGCUCCUGAUGAUGAUGAGGAGGAAGAAGAUGCUGCUGCUGCUCCUGCUGCUGCUGCUGCUGCUGUUGCUGCUGCUGCUGCUGAUGAUGAUGAUGAGGCUGUUCCAAAUGAUGAUGAUGAUGGGGAAGAAGAAGCUGAUUCAGCUGCUGACCCUGGACAGAGGUCAGUUGGGAGUGGCUGCAACUCUAGCAGUGCAACGUCACGUACGGAUACGCAUGUGGACACAAACUCAGAAUUUGGUACCAGCGUGUAACGAUGCUGACUCUGGAUCCCUGGCCAUAUUUUCUUGUUGAAGGGCAGUCCUCCCUGCGCGUCAGUGAACAGUUUUCUUCCUGAGAGCAGCGUCACAGUCUGCCUCGCCUGUCAAUCAUAGCAUACAGGCAGCACAAAGGCGUUAUGAUGGCAGUAUGAUGGCACCAUGAUGGCAGCAUUACGAUAGUGUGAGCUGUCCAUUGGUGUGCCUCGACUUGCGUGCACACUUUGUCAAGUCUGUCCCAGGCGUGUAGCCCUGAAAUCACAAUAUGUGGAAGCAAAGCAGCCACCAGGCUAGGCUAGACCUGGUCUCCAAAAUGCCCGCAAAGCGGGAUGGAAGGUUCUGAAAGGUGCAUACAGUCAGUGCGUGAAUUGCUUGUAAAGCAGUACUACACCCAUACACCUGGUAUUGGUGUACUUGUCCUAAUGAUCGCAAUGCCUGGCUCCUUGACCCAUGUUAAAAAUCAGAUUUUAUAGUUUUUCUUCAGACUUUUCCCGUUUGCAUUUUUUUCCUCAAACCAAUGAAGUGCACCUGGUGUUGUAUCUGAAGCUGAUUCUGGGUUCUGCUGCCCACAUGAACAUACUAGUCAAAAUUAUUUUGAAAUAUACUGCAGGAUCAUUGCAA